GAGACACAGGACAACAUGUUCAAAAUAAUUGUGGUCGUACUUGCUCUAACCGCUGGGACCGUGGUCUCUGGAAACGCGAGCGAUGAGCUUGAUCUAAUCAAUGUUAACGUGAAUGUACUCGGUGAUCAAUCUGACGAUGGCAGUUCAGCCGGGGAAAAGCACUUCUGCUUGAAUUUGCCACUGUUAGGCAACCUGCUUUGCAUCACGCUGAACCUACCACGUAACGCGACCCACCCAGGUUCAAACAACGCAACUAAAUCAGAUGGGGCGAAAGGUGGCCUUGAGGGUCUGGUAGACGACCUUGGGGGCGUGUUAGACGACCUUGGCGGAACCUUGGAUAAUGUUGUGAAAAAUUUGUUGCCAGGUGGGAACAAAGGAAACUCCAGCAGGCUGUUAGGCUCGGGUUCUGUGCUUAGCAUCAACUUGAAUAUACUGGGAAAUCAAACGAAAACGAAAGCUUCAGAUAGUUUGAUUACUCUAACCCUGAACGUGCUAGGAGAUGAGUCUCAUCCAAAGUUGAACCAAUCAGAUCCUUCGUCUGACUGGAAUAAAAACAACAAUGGAGAUGAACAAGGAUCGAGUAAAUCUUCUGAAAACUCUGGGGAAGUUGAUAAACUUCGUAUUCAUAUUGGGAAGUUCCCAUUCAUUCAUCAGUAAUUAAACAGAAG